AUGUUAGCAUCACCACUGUACCCCACUUCCUCCUUUGCUCCUCAGCUUGCAUCCGAUGAUCAUUCUCAGUUUCGCCCUGCCAGAGAUAUCGAAGCCUUCAAUAACUUGCUUCCGCCCCCGAUCGAAUUCGUAGAAGGCUCGUCUUCUGGCGCCCUCGCAGUUGCGGAAGGCAAGUAUGAACCUAUCAAUGCCACACCGAAGGCAUCACAAAAUAACGUUCGUGAACACCCUCGAACACCCUCCACACACCUGGCUUCUCCCUCAAAACAACCGAUAUCUCCUUCGUCAAAAAAGUAUGGCUCGUUGUUCACCGGAGUCUUAGACUUUUCAUGGCCCUGGCCCCCUGGUCACAAUAUCGGUAAUGGCCUUCAUAAUACGGGGAAUACUUGCUUCUUGAAUAGUGCUUUGCAAUGUCUCCUCCACACGUCGCCUCUGCUCAAUGUUUUGAUGGCGCACUCAAAAUCUGACCCAUGUCGAGUAAAGGGGGGCUUUUGCAUGUCAUGUUGUCUUCGCCAUGUGAUGCUUGACUCCCAUCAGAAGAAGCAUUCUUCCACGCCGUACGUGAUUGUUUCGAAGUUGCAUGUCAUCGCAAAACACAUGCGGAAGGGCAGGCAGGAGGAUUCUCAUGAGUUCCUUCGCUAUGCCAUUGACGCUUUACAAAAAUCAUGUCUAGCUGGAUACCCGCAAAAAAUUGAUCCGAAACUUGCUGAGACCACCUGGGUUCACAAGAUAUUCGGCGGUCGACUGCGAUCACGAGUGACAUGCAAAGAAUGCCACUAUAACAGUGACACAUUUGAUAGCAUGCUGGAUGUGAGCUUAGACAUAUAUGGCUUAAACAGCGUGAAGGACGCCUUCCGGAAGUUUGUUGCUGUCGACUAUCUCAAAGGGUCAGACAAAUAUAAGUGCGAAAAAUGCAAGAAGCCGGUCGUUGCGGAAAAGUGGUUUACCAUUCACGAUGCGCCUGCAGUGUUGACUAUCCACCUCAAGCGCUUCUCACCCCUCGGUCGGAAGAUUGGGCAUUUUGUCCAUUAUGAAGACCGUAUCACACUGAAACCGUUUAUGAGUGAGGGUCAAUUUGGCCCAACAUACUCAUUAUACGGUGUCAUUUGUCAUGCAGGCGGCGGACCAAAUUCAGGCCACUACUAUGCCACGGUCAAAGGUGCCAAUGGCAUGUGGUACGAGAUGAACGACGACAGUGUAUCACAGCACCGUAAUACCCCUGGGGCUCUGAAGAACGCGUAUAUCUUGUUUUACGUCAAGGAGAAAGGCCAAUCUCUCGAAGCUGCUAUCACUCGCCCCUCGAUGACUCCUCGGAAUGUUGUCGCUGGAAUGAAGAAGAGGAAAGUUGUGGACUCUGAAGACGAUGGCAGUGACGAUCUUGGUGUCAAAACUGAUCGAUCAUUCAUCGGACCUCUCCUUCCUUCUCCGAUAGCUAAUGAUGCCGAGGUACAUAAAAAGGCUAAAGUGGACGACAGGGACCCUCAGGCUGAGAGCAUCAAGAAGAAAAUUGAAGCUGUUAACAAGGUUCCCAGCCCCAGCACUGCUCUCACGAGCCUCUCGCAAUACAACGACGAUGACGACGAUGACAGUGAAUCACCAGGUGUGACUCCCGUUGACUUUAAGCCACCUUCAAGCGCCACUGAGUCGCUCAACGCUGCCUCAUCGCCUCCCCCUGGUCCUCCUACCUCUCCUCCUAUUUCCAGUACAUCAUCCCUUAACUCCGUACAAUUGAAUACAACCCCUUCAUCAGGCAUUUCGCCGAGCAACUUCUACGCGUCAUCGAAGAAUAAUGACAAGAAACGCAAAUCACCAGAUUACGAUGACCACGACCAACAGACACCUCGGAAACAUUACGCCCGCGUGCCCUUGCAUACCCAAUCUUCCAAACAGUCACACGGUCAUCGAAAGUCAUCGUUUGGCGGUGGCGCAGUCAAUCCUUACGGCCGGCUAGCAGGAAGUAACACAUUGUCCCAACAUCGAUCAGAUAGCUGGCAAAGACCCCCACAGCAGUAUGGUAAGAAGAAGAAAAGGAUGAUCAUGUAGACCAAUUUUUCUUGGCAUUAAUUCUAGAGUAUACGCUGCAAGUCACAUAUGUUCACGAUCCUGUACCAAAGGUCACGAAGCUCGCUCUACUACAGCUUUGCUUUUAUA